UGGACGUGGUGGUCUGCGUUUCUGAUUGGUCGGGAAGCGCGACUGACAACACCUGCUUAACUCCUUCAUCCAAAUUGACACCCGGACUCUGGGAAAUAUAUCCAGCAUCCAUCCCUUCUCCACUCUCACACGCUCUCUGUGUCAUCUCGACAGUCUCCUCAUCAGAUCCCGCGCUGACAGCCUCUUAUUAUUUAUCGCGCAAACUGAGUGGAGAAAUGUUGAUCAAAUGCGCACUAGCCUUGCUGCUUCUCGUCUUGGGGGAAUUGGUGGGAACGGAUAACGUUGACGCUCACGAGAGUCACCCUGAGAAACCGGCCAGUCAGAAAGGACGUCUCUCCUUACAGAACACAGCUGAGAUCCAGCACUGUCUCGUGAGCGCAGGAGAUGUGGGCUGCGGCGUCUUCGAGUGUUUCGAGAACAACUCCUGCGAAAUCCGGGGCCUUCAGGAAAUCUGCAUGACCUUCCUGCACAAUGCUGGCAAGUUCGACUCGCAGGGAAAGUCUUUCAUCAAGGAUGCACUGAAGUGCAUGGCUCACGGCUUAAGGCACAAGUUCAGCUGCAUCAGCCGAAAAUGCCUGGCCAUAAAGGAUAUGGUCUUCCAGCUGCAGCGAGAGUGCUACAUGAAACACAACCUCUGCUCAGCUGCAAAAGACAACGUCAAUGUCAUGGUGGAGAUGAUACAUUUCCAAGACUUAUUUCCCAAAGGGCCGUACGUCGAGCUGGUGAACAUCUUGCUCAGCUGUGGAGAGGAGGUGAAGGAAGCCAUUACGCGGAGCGUGCGUCUGCAGUGCGAGCAGAACUGGGGCGCUCUGUGCGACAGCCUGAGCAUCUGUACAUCUAUCACUGCUGCUCCAGCGUCAAGCGGCCUCGAGCGACGCCUGCCGCUUUCCUCUCAUUCAGAUGCCGAGCACCACAAGAGCGCUCGAACAGGAGACAAGGACAGACCCGGAAAGGUCGGCUUCAGUUCCCACACAAGAAGCCGGAGCCAAGGCCCGCGCCGCGCCAGUUUAGAUGCCAGCCCCGCCGAGCAGGAAGACUCAAAGAUCAGCGACAUUCGGAGGUGAAAUAGCAGGAUCACCUAAACUGACCAUGACACCCCAAUCCUCUACUUCACAGACUCAGCAGACCUCUUAAUUCAACCCAUCCACCCUCACAUCUCCACAGUCAUUCCAGCUCUCCCAAACUGUACAUUUUGCAGGGUAAAUGUGGUGCAGCUUUUUUGAUACUCCAGAUUAUAGGACAGAUUGUUAAUUUUGUAGAAUUGCUUUUAUUUUAGUUCUAAUACAGCAUCUCUAUUUUGCAAAUCAUAUCCUCCUUAAGAUUCAAUCACCUUGUUUAUUUAUUUUAUGCUUCAUGCAGCGUUUGAAUAUAAAACAUGUACAUAUAAAUCUACGUAUAUCUAUAUUUAUAUAAACACGUCUAAAUAUAGCCUCCAUAUUCAGUAAUGAUAUACUAUAUGUAAUAUAGUGCUUGCUGUUGUAUUAGUUAUAUUAUUGCACCAAUUACGCAUCUGACUGUAGAUAUGUAAGAUACGUUUGUUUGUUUCAGAAAUGUGUGUGUAAUUGUUAUUUGAAAUACUUGAUUAAAUACAAGCUGUACAGGAUUGAAGUCCAGGUCUAGCACAUACAACGCUCUGUGCUUCUUAGAAGGAAAGCGAAGUCAAAACAACGUCCAGUAACAAGCUUAUUGUGCCUUGAGAAUAUUACAUAGAGGCUUUACCCCAAAAUGAACUGUAGAACCCGAGCAGAUGUACAAUAGUAAAAACUUCUAGCUGCCUCACGUCUCAGUAUGAUAAAGCGCCCUGAUAGUAUCGCUUAAGUCCAAUGUGUAUGCUGCAUUUCUGGGCUUUGCCCAAACAGAUUAGUUGAACAUAGGAACAACUUUAGCGCGCAGUGUCUCAUGGAAAGCAGGCCUGCCUGUGCUCUGGCCAAGUCCACAGCCAGCCACUGGUGUUUCCAAGUAAAAAAUAGCAGUUUUCUCCCAGAGCCACUGAGAAGAGCCAGAAGCUGGAAUUGCACUCAGCUGGCCUUAGACCCAGGAACUGGGUUAAGUCUACAUAAGAAGCUCAGGGUAUUACUGACAAUAAUAUUGAAAUGGGUGAAUUAUUGUUUACUAUAGCUACGAAAAGAAUUGUUUUGGGUCCUUGCCACGUGAUUGGUUAAUAAAAUGUUCGGAGCUGAUUGUUGGUUUAAGAAUAAGGAAUGGCCUGUACAGUUCUGCUAUUCAUCAGCCUAAAGACAACAGUAGUUACUUUGACCAAUCAUCUUCUUAAUUCACUCAGGUAUUCCAAUGAACAUGUGGGCAAAAAUGUGAUCAACUUUGGGUUUAAACCUGGAAAACAUUUUUAGAUUGUUACAAGGAAUGAAAAAAUCUGUGUACAACUAUUACAUUGAAUGAUAGAUUCCAUAUCGGUACAGAUAGCAUGUGUUCCAAUUGUUUUAGGAAAAAUAAAUACUAAAUCUCAUUUCUUACUCAGACGUGUCUUUCUGGAUUUUCUUUUUUUCACACAGCAUUUUAGCACAAUAAAAGUCAGUAAUUAGAAAUGUAUUUAUAAUAUAUUUCAUAUAUU